AUGGGUGAUGGCGGCUUUUCUAACAUAAAUUGGGAUGAAAUAGACGAAAAUACAAAUCCGUUUGGCUUGGGAGCAGCUUUUGGGGGCACGAAAUUGGCUUCCAGCCCACCGGCCAACUCUGGUUUGCCUGAUUUCUCUAACGAUAAGUCGGCUGAUCGAACGCUGCCCACCAGUUCAACCGUUCCUGCCCCAGAAGCUAACAACUCUGGAACUCUUGAGCUAUCAUCCCCAAUACGUGCCGCAGUUGAACCAGUUGAAUUGUCCAAAGAUUUUUCUGCGGACGGCACAACUGAGGCUAGGAGUGUCCGGCUCAAAACUAAAGGCCCUCGUCCAGUUCCGCCUCCACGUACGGUCCCUGCUGCCAAUUCCGGAUGCACUGGAAAUGAGCCAGUUCUUGGCGGUAGCGGUAUGGGUCUGAAACCUGAAAACUUCGCAUCGGACGGGGAACCAGCAGAUCCCCAUUUUACUCAGGCGGGCAGCUCACGUCGCCUCAGUAACAGUUCGGCUGCAACAUUCGACCUCGCCUCGGGUAACCGUUCACCCCUCCCUGAAGCCGAGCCCGGGGUCUCCUUGUCAGUCGAUGAUGAGUUGGUCAGCUUACGCGCUGACAAGGAACACCUUACUACCAUUGUCACCGAUAUGCAGCGGUGCAUUGCUGAAUACGAGCGCAGUCUUCGUCAACUGGCGGAGGAGAAGGCGCGCGCGGAGGAGGCGGCCAAGGAGUCGGUUGUCGACAUCAUUUCUGAGCGCGACCAGGCCAUUGAGGAGAUCUCCACUAUUGAAAAGGCUUUCGGCGAUCUUCAUCGCAGAUUUGAAAAGUCAAAACAAAUAAUCGAGGGGUUCAAAGCGAAUGAGGAGGCGUUGAAGAAGACGGCGGAAGAAUAUCAGAACCAAUUGAAACGCCAAGAACAGAAAUACCAGGCUCUCAAGCUGCACGCUGAACAGCAGCUAAUGAAGGUUGCCGAGGAGACGGAGAGGGCGAAGCGAUCGAACGAGGAUGAAUUGACCGGACUGCGUGCAACAAUCAAGCGCUCUGAACUCAGGAUUCGUAGUCUUGAGUCUCAACUAGAACAGAAAGUAACUGUUAUGCCAUUAUUUAGCUUGCUUAUCCGCGAGAACACGGAAUUGACCAAGAUAUGCGAUGAAUUGUUGAGCAAGUAUGGGGACAAAUUGUGA